UCCGGUUGGCUCAGAGACUGCCCGCAGGCCAAUUUGUAAGUGGUUUGCGGAGCUGCCAAUCAAAGCAGACAUCCUCUCCUCAGGCUGUGGCUACGAAACAUCAGUUGCUGUGUGGAGAGAUUUGACGGAGGGACACUCCUGUACAUGGACCAUCACUGCGCUGCAAUCCGCCGCCUGCUCACACACACACACACACGCAUGUAAUGCCUCGGUGAAAUCUGGACGCACUCGGUGGGGAAAACACGCAUGUGAAGAUUUGAUUCUUGCAUGUCAGGAGAGGAGGAACUAGUCGCCGGCUCCGCGGCUGUUUGUCUUUUCUUAUCGCUUCUCCCCCCCUCCUAUGUCACUCUAAUUAAUCGGAGGCAUGUGGAAUCGCACCGGGAUUAGGAAUUGCUUCCCAAUAGUGUGCCUGCUGUUGACGUUAUGGACGAAGGUGUCCCAGUCAACCGGCUAUUUCGAGCUGCAGCUGAUCUCCGUGGAGAAUGUAAACGGCGAGUUGGCGGACGGGGAGUGCUGCGACGGAUCCAGGAGCUCCCAGGACCUGCGCUGCACCCGAGACGAGUGCGACACUUACUUCAAAGUCUGCCUGAAGGAGUACCAGAUGGAGGUCACCACCACCGGCCCCUGCGUGUUAGGAGUUGGAUCUACGCAAGUUCUCGGUGGAAAUACGUUUUCUUUUAAGGGCGCAAAGAAUAACCCGAAUAAAAUCGACGAUGCUGGCAAGAUUUUGAUCCCUUUCCAGUUUGCGUGGCCGCGGAUGUACACGCUAAUUGUAGAGGCCUGGGACUGGGACAACGCCACACGUAACAAUGAAGAGGAGCUGCUAAUCGAACGCAGCAUUCACACUGGUAUGAUCAACCCCGGUGACCACUGGCAGACCAUCCCGCACGACGGGCCCGUGGCUCGCCUCAUCUAUCGUAUCCGGGUGCGAUGUGACGAUAACUACUACAGCAACAAGUGCAACAAGCUUUGUGUUCCUCGUGAUGAUUACUUUGGCCACUAUCGGUGUGAGCAGUCCGGGGCGCAGGUUUGCCUGGAGGGCUGGAUGGGAGACAACUGCAGGACAGCGAUCUGCAAGCAAGGCUGCAACCUGUUACAUGGCAGCUGCUCUGUCCCAGGGGAAUGCAAGUGUAACUACGGCUGGCAGGGCCAAUUCUGUGAUGAAUGUGUGGUUUAUCCUGGAUGCGUCCACGGGACCUGCGACAACCCCUGGCAGUGCAACUGUGAGAGGAACUGGGGUGGCCUGCUGUGUGAUAAAGAUCUGAAUUACUGUGGUCGCCACCAGCCUUGUGUCAACGGAGGAACUUGCAUGAACACUGAGCCGGAUGAGUACUACUGCGCCUGUCCUCAGGGCUACUCUGGAAAGACCUGUCAGAUAGCCGAGCACGCCUGUGUUUCCAAUCCCUGCGCCAACGGCGGUACGUGCCACGAAGUUCCCACGGGAUUCGAGUGCCAGUGUCCGCCAGGCUGGGAGGGUCCGACUUGUGCAAACAAUUUCGACGAGUGUUCCUCCAGUCCAUGUGGUCAGGGUGGAACCUGUAUCGACCUGGAAGAUGGAUUCGAGUGUGUUUGCCCUCCUCAGUGGGAAGGAAAGACCUGCCAGAUAGAUGCAAAUGAGUGCACAGGAAAGCCCUGUGUGAACGCUAAGUCUUGCAAAAAUUUGAUUGGUGGAUAUCACUGCAACUGUUUCAAGGGAUGGUCUGGACAAAACUGUGACUUCAAGAUCAACGGCUGCCAUGGUCAGUGCCAGAAUGGAGCAACAUGCAAGGAGGGCCCAAGGGGUUACCACUGCCUGUGCUCGCCAGGUUUCGUGGGUACACACUGUGAAAUCCAGAGGAAUAAGUGUGACAGCAGACCGUGUCAGAAUGGAGGCCAAUGCCACACAUUGUUGGAUGGCUUUGUGUGCGAAUGCCCACAGGAGUUUGCAGGACAGCUGUGUGAGAUCCCUAGCUGGUCCCCUUCUGAUGCUUGUGAUCCAAACCCUUGUGAGAAUGAGGCCAAGUGCCACAGCAUGGACCAGGACUUCUACUGCGCGUGUCCUGAAGGCUACGAGGGAAAGACUUGUGAACGGCUCAAGGAGAACUGCCAAACCACCCCUUGUCAAGUGAUCGACAGCUGCACUGUUGCUGUAGCGACCAACGACUCGGCUGGAGUGCGGCACAUUUCUUCUAAUGUCUGUGGUCCUCGAGGACGAUGCAUCAGCCAGCCAGUGGGAAACUUCACCUGCGUCUGCGAUGCGGGUUUCAGUGGCAUCUACUGUCACGAGAAUAUUAACGACUGCGUCGACAGCCCAUGUAGAAAUGGAGGGACCUGCAUCGAUGGAGUGAACUCCUUUCAGUGCUUCUGUCCUGACGGCUGGGAGGGAAAACUCUGCGACCUCAAUGUCAACGAGUGCAGACACAACCCGUGCAAGAACAGCGGACGCUGCGUCGACCUGCUGAACGACUUCUACUGCGAGUGUGCCGACAACUGGAAGGGCAAGACCUGCCAUUCCCGCGAGAGCCAGUGUGACCCAACCACCUGCAGUAAUGGAGGCACCUGCUACGACCACGUGGAUGCCUUCCGCUGUGCCUGCCCACCUGGAUGGGGAGGAAACACAUGCAAUACAGCCAAGAACAGCACAUGCGCCUCCAGUCCUUGUUUGAACGGUGGAACCUGUGUGGGAGGAGGAGAUACCUUCACCUGCAUCUGCAAAGAGGGCUGGGAAGGCCCCACCUGUGACCAAAACACAAACGACUGCAAUCCUCAUCCAUGUUACAAUGGCGGUAUAUGUGUGGACGGAGUCAACUGGUUCCGCUGCGAGUGCGCACCUGGUUUUGCAGGACCAGACUGCCGAAUCAACAUAAAUGAAUGCCAGUCUUCACCCUGUGCCUACGGAGCCACCUGUGUGGACGAGAUCAAUGGUUUCCGCUGCAUUUGUCCGCUUGGAAGAACAGGAACCCGAUGCCAAGAGUUCAUAGGAAUUGGGAAGACUUGUCACUAUGCUGGGCUGCAACUUCCGCACGGCAGCCGCUGGGAGGAAGAGUGCAACAGCUGCCAUUGCAUCAACGGCAAAGUAGAUUGUUCAAAGGUGGUGUGUGGUCGUCGUCUCUGCCGGCUCCAGUCAUCAGGCCAGGACCAGAGACAGCAGUCCUGCCCAGCUGGACGGGCAUGUGUGGAGCACAGCUACCUCACAUGCUUUACUCCUCCUUGCCAUCAGUGGGGGGUUUGCUCCAUGGCAAGAACCUCACCUCCACAAGCAACCACCAAGUGCCAGCCAAACAGUGGGCAUUUGGACAACAGCUGUGGCCGCAUAACACUUGUUUUCAACAGAGACAAAGUACCACCAGGAACAACCGUGGAGAAUAUCUGCUUUGAGCUGAGGUAUCUUCCUGACACCCGAGGCUUGGCAAAAGACCACGCCCUUCUCCUGCUCUGUGACCUCUCUCAUUCGAAUCAGGAUGCUGUAGAAGUAGCUAUAUCUUUCCAGCCAGAGGAUCUACCAGACCACAACCUAAUCCAAGAAACAGCCAACACUAUAGUGGGCACCUUGUCAAAGCGGCACAACAGCACCAUAAUGCUGGCAGUCAUUGAGGUCAAAGUGGAAACACAAGUCAUGCCCCCCUCAGUGGACUACCUGGUGCCUCUACUAUGUAUUGUCUUCUGCUUGCUCUUCCUCUUCUGCAUCAUUGUAUGUGUUUGGUGGACGCGUAAACGGAGAAAAGAGCGUGAGAGGAACGUGCGAUCAGCUGCCGACGACAGCGUGAACAACCAGUGGGAGCCUCUCCGGCUCGUCGUGGGACGUCAGCAGCAGCAUCACCAACAGCAGCUGAAAGAAAGCAACAGGGAGGCUGAACAGGAGCGCAAAAAGCUCAUGGGCCCCUCCUAUCGGACGUGUGAUGAAGGGGAGGAGGAGGAGACGGAAGGCGAGCUUGAGCUCGAGGAGGAGAGUGGCGGAGCAGAGGCAGGAAAGCAGCCAGUUUAUAAGUACUCUAAGACUGCAGUGCAGUCCAGUGAGGGAGUGAUCUGUACCAUGCACAGCUCCAGUUCACCCCUCAAAGCGCCCCACCGGACCCCAGGCUACAGCCCCAAAGACAACCGCUGGAAAAAUGUCAGUGCCGUCUUGACUGGUCAAAAAGACCUCAGAGACCAUUGUGUAUAAGAAAUUUAAAGGACUUGCGAAGUGAAAGCGAGAGAAGCUGCAAGGCUGUCGCUAUUCUUUUUUUUUUUUUUUGGACUACUUUUGGAAAGAAAAAAAGGCUUUGUGCUUUAAUAAGCCAUUCUUUGCUUUGUUUUCAUGUUUUUGUCAGUCACCUGAAACGAUUUAUGAUUCAGGAGGCUAGAGCACAGUGAACAUCUUUUUUUUUUUUUUUCUUUUCGCUUCUGUUCACUUAUUUUUCUUUAAUUAUGUACAGAAGGAGCUGAAAUGUAACAAUUUUUCAGGAGGCAAAAGAAGCCCUCCACAAUUUUUUUGUUUAUGGAUUUGUCCCAUUUAAGAAACGAUGAAUCAUCGAAAAGGAGAAAAAAAAAACAACCUGUAUAAAGAUUUUGUUUGUUUACAGAUUAUUAUGAUUUUGUUAAAUUGUCAGUGGGCUCCUGUUUAGUGUCUGUGGGGGGGGGGAGGGCGGGGGGCAGAUACAAAAUAAAGGGACAGUAGAGGAAGGGUUUUGAGGGAAAUGGACUGUUGCAGCCACAGUAACAGAGAAAACCCUCCCGUUACUCUCUCUUCAGCUCUUUCCAGAUUUGCCCACCGAUACCUGUGGCCGUCAUGCGCCAGCCUUACCAAAACACUUGGCCUGGAGGGGAGAGGGGACAGAGACCCCAGUGCCUACUAUGUGGCCUUCCAUUUUUUUUCUCCUGUCUCUCAGUUGUCUUGGCUGAAAGCUCUGUUUGAGGAUUUUUUGCAGUAUUUGAGUUGGUAGCAAGUGCCUUUCUAAGAGCCCUGUGGAGGCUCCAAGUCGCGCUGCCCAGUUUGACCUCCUUGUUCUCAAAUCUCAAAGGGAUAUAAAUGUACAUUUAAAGAGUUCAAUUUCACAGCAACGCCAUUCAAGGUAUUUGAUCAAAACAGAAAUGAAUACUCUGUACAUAUGUGUAAAUACUAAAGGAGUCGCUGUGUAUAUUUGAAAUAAGUAACUUAAAGACAAGUCACACAUUUUUUUAUUAUUAUUAUUAUUAUUAUUAUUAUUAUUAUUAUUGUUAUUAUUGUUAUGAUUAAUAUUAUUUUUAUUUUUUUUUCAAUGCCAUUCCUUUUAUUUAUGCCAGUCGAAAUAGGGAGGUUUUAUAACACUUCAUAUCCAAAGUUCCACAGUUAAGAACCUUUACAAUGAGGUACCACCUAUGAAGGAAUUUCUGAAGGGUUUAUAAAUGGUUUGUCACAGGGAAGCAUUUCCUUUCCCAGUCACGUCAACAGUUGUGACUGUUUCUUUAGUGCUUUUUAGUUACGCAAAGUAAAUCUGUGAUGCACGAUUAUGCCCGUAGGCUAAAAUAUUGCUACUUUCACUCGCAAUUUUAAUGAUUAAACAGUCAUCAUUAAUAGAUCUGAUCUCACUCUUCAGCUCUCUUCACGCUUUAAUUUUGUAUUUCUUCUAUCAGCUUGAUUAAAUUAAGCACGUUAGUCUCAAUCAGCAGCAGCUGGACAGCAAAAUCUGUGUUUUUUUGGGUGCAAAUAAAUCCAUCCCAAGUACUUGUACUCAUUUUUGUUGUAAAGAAAACAGGUAGAUAAAUAGGUUUCAUAAAUAUACUACAAAAUAAAGUCAGACUGCUGCUGCAUUGCUCUUUAUAUGCUGAAACUUUCAAACAUUUUGCUGUUAUGGCCACUCCCCCAUUAGUGAUGUCACAGCAGGUGGUUUGCCACCUUCUGUGAUGUAACUAAUUGGGGUGUUCUGUCCAUAGAGAGUGGAGCAGCUGUCUUCUUCUACCUUAUUUGAUGGAGUUAUUAGUUACCCUUUUAUGCUUUAAUCCUUUUUAACUUACUUUCUUUCUAGUAGAAGCAUCAGUUUUGGUCGGUCAAUCAUGAUUCAGUUAAAGUUUCAACAGUAGCUUUUUGGGGCGGCGUUGCAAAGCUGCCAACAUUAGAGCCUUAAAAAGUUUUUCCCCCGCAACCAUUUCUAAACCUGUCACAAACCCUUUUGUUUCAGGUGCCUCAUGCAGGUGUGUUUUGUUUUUGUUUUUGUUUUUUUUAAGUUACCAACUCAGUUCAAAAUGACUUGUCUCACAAUUUUACACCAUCAUAUUUUCUGUAAAUGGGACGCAGCAAAAUAAAGAAUUAAAGAUGCAUCACUGCUGGUGUUAAAAGCUGAAUACGCAUAUUGUAUACAUUUUAUUCUACAAGGGACAUAAGUUCAUUUUGUACAAAGAGAAAAGGUUUUCAUUCUUUUAGUGGAUGUUUCAUUGUUCUAAAUAAUCAUCCCAGUUAUUUAUUAAAGCAGUUUUGACACAUCUUGA